AUGCACAGUCUUCGGCAAAAUGGCUGUAAUGUUGUGGCCAUGGAUUGCAGGCGAAGAAGCGAUGUUUGCGUCAGAUUUAAUGAGAUAAUUGGUUUGUUUGUCGAUCACUACGGCUUUGAAUCGGUUCUCGUCUUAAUAUGUGAUCUAAACUCUGAUGUCUUUUCGGCCAUUCGUUCGGCGAAACGCAAAGAAGUGUCGGUUCUUCUCAUUUAUGGCAAUACUUCAGACCAAUUGCUUGUCUCAGCCGUCGAUCGCGAUGUCUAUCGAUUCGAUGAUGUCUUUGGGUUUAAUGUGAAGACAACUGAUUCAGUAGUGGAUAAUUCAUGGCCAGCGAUGGACGACUCGAUCAAUGAAUUUUGUCGUCAAUUUGAUUAUAAGAUUGGAUUCAAUUCAAGAGAUUAUCGAGAAGUGGAAUACAAUAACAUAAACGACAGCCAAAUGUCUAAAUCACAACUUAGAAGUUGUGUCCAACACUUGAGGUCAUUCAUCAACGAUCACAUGAGCGACACAUGUCUUGAAUACGAAUUCAUAUGUAUUUGUCAUUCAAUACAAUCCAAUCAUUCAAUGAUUGAAAGUCUUCGGCAAAAUGGCUGUAAUGUUGUGGCCAUGGAUUGCAGACGAAGAAGCGAUGUUAGCGUCAGAUUUAAUGAGAUAAUUGGUUUGUUUGUCGAUCACUACGGCUUUGAAUCGGUUCUCGUCUUAAUAUGUGAUCUAAACUCUGAUGUCUUUUCCGCCAUUCGUUCGGCGAAACGCAAAGAAGUGUCGGUUCUUCUCAUAUAUGGCAAUACUUCAGACCAAUUGCUUGUCUCAGCCGUCGAUCGCGAUGUCUAUCGAUUCGAUGAUGUCUUUGGGUUUAAUGUGAAGACAACUGAUUCAGUAGUGGAUAAUUCAUGGCCAGUGAUGGACGACUCGAUCAAUGAAUUUUGUCGUCAAUUUGAUUAUAAGAUUGGAUUCAAUUCAAGAGAUUAUCGAGAAGUGGAAUACAAUAACAUAAACGACAGCCAAAUGUCUAAAUCACAACUUAGAGGAAUAGAUGUUGUUGACCACCGAUUGAAUGCCGCAAUGGUUGAGAUGGAAUUCGCGGACAAUCCAAUUAACAAUUCACUGGUAAUGUGUGGCAAUUCUUCGACAACUCAUUUGAGGCCAUUGUCUCCGAUUGAAGUACAAAUUGACGAUAAAUGCAAAUCAGUUAUAAUAGGUUUGUAUACGAAAGCCAACGACAAUGUGCUUCAAUUGGUCCGCGAUUUUGUGAAGAGUUGGAGAGAACCGACUCUCGACGAGUCUGUCGUCUUAAGUGUGAAUCGCGAAAAGGAGUUUAUUGGUCGCAGCGGAAGGGCUAGUCUUAUAGUGACCGCAAUCGACGCCAAGACUAACAACAAAAUAUUAAACGUCGCGAAGAAAUGCUUCACUUCUAGAGUGGAAAGGAUUUAUUGGAAUCAAUUGCGAAGAUCUCAAAAAGAUAGGCCUAAAGUAUGCAAAGAGCAGUGUAUGUCACUUGUUAUAGGCCUGUGGAGCCGACACAACGAGAAUGUGCUCAACACUAUCAGACAAUUGGUCAAGAGUUGGCAUUUGAUUGACUUUGAUGUCAAUCAUAUCGUUUGUGUCGAUCGCGCGAAGAGAUUCAAAGGCAGGGACGGAAAGGCGGCACUCAUUGUAUACACCGAUUCAGUCAAUAGUUUGUAUACGAAAGCCAACGACAAUGUGCUUCAAUUGGUCCGCGAUUUUGUGAAGAGUUGGAGGGAACCGACUCUCGACGAGUCUGUCAUCUUAAGCGUGAAUCGCGAAAAGGAGUUUAUUGGUCGCAGCGGAAGGGCUAGUCUUAUAGUGACCACAAUCGACGCCAAGACUAACAACAAAAUAUUAAACGUCGCGAAGAAAUGCUUCACUUCCAGAGUGGAAAGGAUUUAUUGGAAUCAAUUGCGAAGAUCUCAAAAAGAUAGGCCUAAAGUAUGUAAAGAGCAGUGUAUGUCACUUGUUAUAGGCCUGUGGAGCAGAUCCAACGAUAAUGUGCUCAAUACUAUCAGACAAUUGGUCAAGAGUUGGCAUUUGAUUGACUUCGAUGUCAAUCAUAUCGUUUGUGUCGAUCGCGCGAAGAGAUUCAAAGGCAGGGACGGAAAGGCGGCACUCAUUGUAUACACCGAUUCAGUCGAUAUUAUUGACGUUUGCGACCAAAACUACAUUUGGAUCCGGAUAUUGACCGAAAUGCGUUUGUAUCCAAUUCUGUUGCAAAACGGUUUGGCCGGUAAUACCGAGCAAUGGUUUAUUACAAGACCUGGUCUUCUCUACACAAAUGGCACUUAUAUUGAAAAUAACGGACUCAUCAACGAUUGCCUAUCACGCGGUUCUGUGGCCAAUACAUUGCCGUUUGUAUUGUCUGCCUGUGGUUAUGAUGUUUGGUUAGAAAACCUAAGAGGAAAUUAUAGAUAUUGGUCGUUUAAUUUGGAUCAAUACAGUAGCUAUGAUCUGACCGCUAAUAUUAAAUAUAUUUUGGAUACAACAAAAUCAAAAACUCUUGGUUAUAUUGGUUUCUCGUUGGGUAACACAAUAAUGUUUCAAUUGCUGGCAUCACAACCACAAUACUCACUGAUUAUAAAACCAUUCAUAUCUUUGGCCAGUUUUGUAUAUUUAGAAAAUAUAAGAUCUCCUCUUUUAAGACUGACGGAUGUGUUUGAGCCGUUGUUUAGGUUUAUUCUCUUACGUCAAAAGCAGUCCGAAUCGGAGGCUUCGGUCAAAAACAACCCGCUUUUGGCCGAUAUUUUUGCGAGCGUCUGUAUUCUCAUAUACUUUCUUAUCGGGGGAUUUGAUUUGGAAAAUCUCGAUAAAGUAAAACUUGGCGCUCACUUUCCUGAUUCCCUGUCGUCGAUUGUGUUGGCACAUGUGGGACAACGGAUUCAUUUCAAUACAUUUAAUGAUGAUUUACUUCGCAGUCAACUGACAGUGAACCCAUACGCUGAUUAUGUGGUGCCAUUCAAUGGCUGGACUCACGGAGACUUUCUCUAUGCUAAUAGUGUCGGGCGUUAUAUCCCGAUAUUGACAGGAAUUCGAGUGAACUCAUCAGAUCUCGAGCACGGCUUCUUUCAAAACUCGGAUAAUUGGCUUAUAAGUAGUGUUGGAGUCCUCGACGGUAAUGGUGUCUAUUCAGAAGAUAAUUCAAUCGUAAACAACUGUUUUGAUUCCGAUUCUGUGGCCAAUACUUUGCCUUUUGUAUUGUCUUCAUGUGGUUAUGAUGUCUGGUUAGGAAAUAUAAGAGGUAACAGUUCAGAUCCGAAGCCAUUGGCCAGAUUGGGUUCGCUCUCACCAUUAAUUGGUCGACACAAACUCCCCGAUUGUUUGCACACUUUCCUGACAGCAGCUCAACGAUAG